AAAUUGAAAACUCACUAUUGUACCCAAACCGAAUGACCCGUUUAGCCACAACGCAAAAAAUAUACAGUAGGUUAAUUUGUGGUAAGGUAUCCAAGAAUAUGGAUGAUCCUUCAUUUCCCUUUUCCCACCAAAACAAACCGUAAAUUGUCCAACCGGUAAAAAUUCUUGUAACGACAAAAUUCACCUCUACUCAGAUUCCUCAAAAUUCCCUUCUUAUUUUCUCUCUCUUCCUCUAAAAUGGCAGACACUGAAUCUUCUUGUUCUUUCUCGUCGUUUGCAUCUCGCAAUCCCUAAAUUUUCCGAUUUUGACUUCAAUUUUUUCCCGUGGCAAUUCAAUUGGGCGACCCAAUUUUAUCCCAAGAAACCCUAACUUUUUCGCGAAUGAUCUUCAUCUUCCUCGACCUUAGACAUACGAUUCAAUCUUUCACCUUAAUUAGCUUGAAUUGGAAUUGGAAUUGGAAUCUUGAUUUUCGACAUUAUUAAGCAGAAGAAAUUUUUGGGGUUUUGACGCAAUGAAGCGUCGGAUGGAAAGCAUCCAGGAUCUCAUUGAAGAAGCUAAAGUUCGUUUUCUAUGGUGGGCUUUAUUCAUCUUUUCUAUUACGUAUUUCUUAUCUCAUACAAGUAAGUCAAUGUGGAUGAAUGUCCCAGUUGCAGUCGUGAUUGCAAUUCUUUUGCGUCAAUUAACAAAUCAAGUAGAAUUUCAUUUUAAGGUUCCAUCAACCAGCAAACAAAUAUACCUCUCUCAUUUGGGGAAGAAGCAACUUUCAGUGAAUGAUUCUCGGCUGUCUACAGUUCCUCCCCUGCCAAAAUGGAGGGGGAAAUUUGAAUCACCCAUUGUAGAGGCUGCAGCUGAGGACUUUGUCGAUAAAAUCAUAGAAGAUUUUGUUACGGACUUGUGGUAUUCCGGUAUAACACCUGACAAAGAAGCCCCUGAUCUGAUGCGUGGCAUUAUAUUGGAAGCCCUUGGUGAAGUUGCUGGAAGGGUAAAGGAAGUGAACCUUGUUGAUUUGUUAACAAGGGAUAUAGUUGACUUAAUUGGUGAUCAUCUGGAAUUGUUUAGAAAAACCCAAGCUUCUAUUGGUGUAGAUGUUAUGGUUACUCUGUCUUCUGAAGAAAGGGAUGAAAGACUCAAACACCAUCUUAUGGCUUCCAAGGAACUCCAUCCAGCAUUGAUGUCUGCUGACAGUGAGUACAAGGUUCUGCAGCGACUCGUGGCUGGAUUACUGGGUUUGGUGUUAAGGCCAAAAGAAGCGCAAUGUCCUCUUGUUCGAUGCAUCGCCCGAGAGUUUGUAACUUGCUUAGUACUGCAGCCUAUUAUGAAUCUUGUGUCUCCAGAGUACAUCAAUCAGUUGGUAGAGAUUAUUCUUCUUCAUGUCAAAGAUUUUUUAACUGGAUUAGAUGGUGAUGAUCAACCAUCAAAGGCAGAUAAUGAUCAAUCUGUUGGUGAAGGAAGCAUAGGAACUGAUGAAGCUGGAUUCAAGAGACGUAAAGACUUCCGUAAUCAAGAGACUGAAAUGCCACAUGGUGAUAGGGAUGUGCAGAGAACAUUGGCUUUGGAGGCUUCAUUGGUUCCCUCUUCUAAUCUAUCUUAUCAAGAGUCUGUGCAGCCAAAAGUUGCUGACUGGGCACGAGUAUUGGAUGCUGCAACCCAGAGAAGAACUGAAGUUCUUGCUCCUGAAAAUCUUGAAAACAUGUGGGCUAUAGGAAGGCACUAUAAAGAAAAAAUCAAUAAGUCUGCUAAAGGGCAUCCUCCUCAGGUACCAGAUAACAAAUUAGUGGGCCCCCUUGCUGGAUCAAAGACCUCCGAUUCAGCUAAAGACGGUAGCAACAAGAAGAAAAGAGUAUCUGCUGAUGUGGAAAGGGGUUCUUCUUUAAAAAGCACAGCCUUUGUCUGUGAAGUUGAGGGUGCCAAUAUUAUCACAGCUGAUGGAAAUAAAAGUAGGCUUAAGAGAUCCUGUAGUACUUCUGAUUUAAAAGUUGAAUCAGAAGAGAAAAGUCCUAAUAUUGGUGUAAGCCAAAGUCUUCUAAUUUCAGAGGACUUUUACAGCCCGGAUUUUGGAAAACGCAGUGAACAGAAAAAAAUUGAUCUUUCAGGUUCAGUGAUUCGUGCCGAGGGGUCUCACUUUCCCAAGCUUAUGUGUCGGGUUGUAGGAGCAUACUUUGAGAAAAUUGGAUCCAAAUCUUUUGCUGUGUAUUCUAUUGCUGUCACGGAUGCACAGAAUAACAAAUGGUUUGUGAAAAGGAGAUACCGGAACUUUGAGCGACUGCAUCGACAACUAAAGGAUAUUCCCAAUUAUAACUUACAUUUGCCCCCAAAGAGGAUAUUCUCAUCCAGCACUGAAGAUUCUUUUGUUCAUCAGCGUUGUAUCCAGCUUGAUAAAUAUCUGCAAGAUCUUUUAUCAAUAGCCAAUGUUGCUGAACUGCAUGAAGUGUGGGACUUUCUCAGUGCUUCUUCAAAGAAUUACUCCUUUGGAAAGUCACCUUCAGUGAUGAAAACACUUGCAGUUAAUGUUGAUGAUGCUGUUGAUGAUAUUGUACGUCAGUUCAAAGGGGUCUCAGAUGGCUUAGUGCGCAAAGUUGUUGGUUCAUCUUCAUCACAAUUUGAAGAACUUACAUCGGUGCCAACCAGAAACUUGUCUUUGAAUGAACGUGAUUUGAUUAUGCAUGGUUCAUUAGAUGCUUCAAUUGAAUCAGCUAAUAAUCUUUCUGAUAAUGAGGAUGGUGAUAAAGAUGGAAGUCUUGACCAUGACACAGUAGAUUCUGGUGAUAAUGGAAGUGGGUGGCAUUCAGAUAAUGAAUUGAACUCGAAGAGCUUUCCACCACGAGUGGUCAAGAGAACCAGAGAUGCUAUACACUCCAAUACUGAGGCGAUGCGACCCUUCGUGAUGAAAUCGAACUCAGUUGGAGUAGCGAGUUUGCCAGCUAUGCCUCAUCCUAUGGGUGAUCCUGUUGGAGUGCCACCUGAGUGGACACCACCUAAUGUUACCGUGCCUAUGUUGAAUUUGGUUGACAAGGUUUUUCAGCUUAACAGAAGAGGCUGGAUAAGGAGACAAGUCUUUUGGAUCUCAAAGCAAAUACUACAGCUAGUCAUGGAAGACGCUAUUGAUGACUGGCUAUUGAUGCAGAUUAAUUGGUUGCGUAGAGAGGAUGUUGUUGCUCAAGGAAUUCGGUGGGUCAAAGAUAUUCUCUGGCCAGAGGGCAAGUUUUUUCUCAAGCUAGAAAUCGGUGGGUGUGGAUUGGAUGAAAUGGAUAAUAAAUCUUUUCAAGCUACACCUCGAGCAGCCAGCAGGAAGUCCCAAUCUAGUUCAUUUGAGAUACAACUUGAGGAAGCUCGAAGAGCUAGUUUUGUGAAGAAUAUGCUUUUCAAUGGAGCUCCAGCACCCCUAGUCAGUAUGAUUGGUGCAAAACAGUACAAACGGUGUGCGCGGGAUCUCUAUUUUUUCCUUCAGUCUUCAGUAUGUCUAAAACAAGUUGCCUACGCUAUCUUGGAGCUCGUGCUUGUAUCAAUCUUUCCUGAGUUGAAAGAUCUCGUGGAUGAUAUCCAUCGGAAGAUGCAGGCUCAACAUGCGUAAGAAUUAACAGGUGGGUAAAUCAUUUGAGAUGUGCUUGUAGCUUUUGGAGCAAAUGUUGCAGCUCAGAACAAAGUUAUUUUUUGAAGAUCAUCCAUCUUAAAGCUUCUGUGAUCUUCCCGAACAAAUAAGAGGACAAGUUUUGGGAGAGAUCAUGGAAGACAGGGAAAGAGAAGGUGAUCUGACCCAUGCUUAGAGUACAACAGAAGAUCACCAUGGAAAAUGAGGGAAGACGGCACUUUUCUGGACUGGGUUUGGGUAUGGAUUUUUAUUUUGGAUUUGGGUAUAAGGGGUAAAGCUAUGGUGUUUGUGUUCACAGUACAAAUGUGUACAGAUUUUGUAUAGAGAGUCCCACUUUUGUUACCUACAUAUUCUUCUCUUAGGCAAACCCCCUGAAAAAGGGAUUUUGUAUUUUUUUGUAAAUGUGUAAAAUGAUGAAACAUAUAUUAGAUGAGUGCCAUUUCAUUGUGCAUAGUGAAUUUCGGGUUCUUUGUAAGUACCUUAAAAAAGUUUGUGUACUUAUCCAAAAUUUCAUGUGUACACCAUUACCUCGGUUUA